AUGAAUCCUCGCACCGCUGGGCUUGAAAAAUCCAUAUGGCGAGAUUUACCUGAAGAAACGUUCCGCAGCCAUCUUGUACAGCUUGAGGAGCGCACAAAUGCAGUGCCGGCAGACGCACAGCAAUUUCCAGUGUCAGGCCCUUUCUUCGAGAGAGACACAGAUGCUUACACCUUUUCGCUUCACGAUGAACUGAGACUCGCAGACGCAUUUGCCUUUAUAGCAGCUGUCCAGGAAGGUGCCCAGAGCGUUGCAGCAGUUUGCCUCGAGGAGAAUGCUCGAGACCGGACAUUGACAGUCCGCUUUGCUGCCGUCGACGCCAUCAAUGAAUCCCUCCAAAAGGCACUGAGUACAGUCUGCGAGAUACUGGCCCACUCAGCUGAGCAAGGAACGGAUAGCCACGAACAAUUCGAUGGACUAUUUCAAUUCGUGACGAGGUUGCAUGUUCAACGCUUGCUGGGCCGCCUUCGCUCAUCUAAAUGGGAGAAGCCGAAAUACCUUUCUCGCACCCACAAAAAGCCAUUGUGGCAGGACUUUGCGAACCUGAUUCACCGCAUACAAUUUCUCUACACGAAGAAUGAAAGAGCCGUAAGAGAUGUCGUCGAAAGCCAGCUCGGGUCCCUAGCCGAACUGUAUUCGGUCUUUGAAACCAUACCUUCGAACUGCGAAGAAGAAUUUUCCCAUCUCACUCAUCUCAUCCACACAAGCUACGACCGCUGCACGUCAGAGGUACUACAAGGCUACGCUGCCCGCCUCGCUGGUGCCGGACAAACGAACCAAGUGCGAGCUGCCGUCAAGACCCUUCGACAAAUUGAGAAAAUAGCUGCCUAUUACCGCGUGCCAAGUACCCUCAUCCGCGCCUCUCGCCGAUAUCCGCAUUAUUUCCUCCAACAGCACCUCCGUCUUGUAUACCUCCCACCAUACGCCAGCAUUCCUACAUCUAUCGGCUACGAAGAGUGGGCAAAGACGUGCCACGUUCAUGCUGAGGUACAACUCGUGAUCCACUAUGACCUGAACUCGCUCCUCGCCACCAGAGUCACCUCUACCGGAACCGCUCAAGUCAAGGUUCUCCCACCACGUGUUAUCGGCACAAGUAAGCAUCUUUGCUACUUGUGCUACCUAUUCAUCAAAACCCACGGUCGCUUCUUGCCUACGAAUACGCAUGGAAGACUAUAUGACCAGUGGACGAUUCCGGAUCUUGUGGAGUUUACCGAUAAACAACGAGAGAGAUACAGAGAUAUCAUCAUAAAGAUGGACGAUGAGGUCGUGUCUCGGGCAGCAAACCCGCCAUCGUGGAGGGCAGAACCGAUGACAAGCAGAGAGAAUCUGCUUGAUGCCGUAAGGGAUGAGUCGUCAAUCGCACUUUGGCGGACACUGCAGUCAGAGGCACAGUAAGCAGGAAAGUUGGGCCCAGCAUGCCCCAGUCAGCACGAUUCUGCCACUUUGGUUUCUCAGAUCUGGUCGUAAGAAUGUCGUCUAAGCAGACCAACCUGGUCGAGUUUCAAGAAUCCUUCAUUGAUGUGGCUACGCAGUGAUUGAGCAGGGAAAUAUCAGUGUCGAUGUUGGGGAGCAUGACGGCCAAUAGGCUGUCUCGGCUUCCUUGAUUAUGAGCAACACCUCCAAGGGGGUCGCACUGUUCUCCAAUCGAUGAGGGUCACCCAGACGGCUACUCAUAGUCCAUCAUUCUCCGACCUUUACAGCGGCCUCAGCCCUAACUUACCGUAGCCUCGGCGUGCCUCGGUUCAAGCUUUCUUACCGAUG